AUGGACGUUGAGGUCGCCGGGGUCGUCCGCGACGCGGAGGGCGUUUGCUUCGGCGAGGCGGGCGGCUCAUCAGUCGAGGUCUCGCCGGAGCUGCACACGCGGGGGGAGUUCGAGCAGGAAGUGGACAGGAGCUUCAGCCGCCGCGUGCGGGACGACCUCAUUGACAUCGAGGUCGUCGGGAUUGUCCGCGACGCGGAGGGCGUUGGCGUCGGCGAGGCUGGCGACUCGUCAGUCGAGGACUCGUCGGAGUUGCACGCGCGGGAGGAGUACGAGCAGGAUGACGCCGAUGGCGAGUUGGCGAGCGGCUCCUUCGGCCCGCAGUCGGAGGCCGAGGCGGAUGCCAAGCCCAGCGGCCUCGUGUUCGGCAUCUUGGAGGGACUCGACCUCUCCAUGGUCCACUACGUCGACGCCUGCUACGAGCUACCCAGCGGGGCGAUAUCCGUACACCUGGAGGUCAUGGGAGUUGCGCGGUCGCCCUGGACUGGUGGUGGGGCGCAGGCCUUCGCACGCGGUUACGUGGAGGGGAAUCGGACACGCAGUUUCGACUCUGGAGGUGGCUGCGCGACGGCCACCCGCACGCGGGAGCGCCGGGCCGAGAAGCUCGGGGAGGACGCGUGCGCGGACGUGGAGGCUGGAUCCAGCGGCCCUGGCCUGCCGCGGCGCGUGGGCGCUGGUGCGGAGCCUGGGCCAGGCGCGGUGGCGGCGCCGAGCUCGAGCCAGGCCAGUGGCGUGGGGCUCAUCCUUCCUCCGCUCGCGAGCGUGGCCAGGGCCCGCGGCUUCGCGAGCGUGGAGGCUGCGCGGGCGCGAGGGCGCGAGGCCCGCGCCGAGCGCGCGGCGGCGGCGCGCGGGGAGGGGGGGCCCCAGGAGGACGAGCCAGUGCCUUGA